GACGGAGAUAACUCGUAUAUAAACAUUCCAUUCCUGAUGGCGACACUACGAGCUAUAUCAGCCAAUUCUACCCUACCUCUCUUAUCUAGGACUUUCAACGAAGCGCACUGUCUUGUGCGCACUAUACAGCAUCGGGCGUACGAUGCUGCAUUCGACCAAGAUGACCUCACCGAAGCUAGAAAGUGGCAUGCCUCGUUCACCGAAAGUAACUUACCAAAGGGUCAGACAAGUUAUUCUAGGUCAAGCGGGCCUGGGGGGCAGCAUGUGAACAAGACCGAGAGCAAAGCCACAACAGUAUGGCCCGUCGAGGAGUUGUCUAAAGGCUUGCCAAAACUCGUUCGUUUGGCGUUGCGCUCUUCGAGGUACUAUUCAAAAGGAAACGACUCCAUUACAAUUCAAGCCCAGACCCAACGGAGCAGGUCUGCCAACACUGAUGAUAAUCACCUGAAACUGGUAGAAGAACUGCAGAAGAUUUACAGGGAACAAGUCCCAGGAAUGACUAGUAGUGAAAAGAUUAAGAAGUACGAAGCCUUGGAGAAAUCAGCUCGCGAGAGCAGGCUAAGAGCGAAGAAACAGCAAAGUUCUAAAAAGGCAUUUCGGAAAGGCAGGGGAGGUGACGAGUAAACGUAUCACACGCUCAUCUAGAAACGCCUUCAACUUGAAGGGCUUUGACGAAUGGUCAAUUUGGCCACUGGGUGCAUACAUAACAGAGUACCGUAGACGUCUGUUGUCAGCGAGUGAGAGUUAUGUGGGCAGUUUAAAAUUGCUUACUGCUAAUCGCCGACUCCGAAAAAUCGAUGAGGAAUAGUAUGUAUUCCGUAACGAGGAGAAAAGAUCCAAACGAACGUCUAUAAAAAUCUAGGCAUGGUUCUGAUAAACAUGAUAUAGCAAUAUUUGUAUAGAAAAAUAUCUAAUAAAGACAUGUGAUUAUA